CGUAGCCUCUGAGUGUGUGUGACGCAGCGCCUACACAUUAGCAGUGUGUCGAGCUAGCAGCGCUGGUACUGUGUAUUGUCAUUUGGUGACCGCGGAAUGGUGUUAUCGACACGACGUUUUAGCACUGCGUGUUUACUAUUGGAAUAAUACACACUCCACUACUAGCUUCAAAGUUUACGUCUUUCUUGUAAUCGCGUAGUGGAAUAUAACCACGACAAGCCGUCAACAUGCCGAGGGUAGUACCCGACCAGAGAGCUAAAUUCGAGAACGACGAACUCUUCAGAAAACUUGGACGCGAGUCCGAGAUCAAAUACACAGGGUUCCGUGACCGGUCACACGAAGAACGUCAAGUCCGUUUCCAGGCAGGAUGUCGUGAGGGCCAUGCGGAGCUUGCUUUUUCUUCCACCGGAACAAAUCUCCACCUUCACUUUCUCCCUCCAAAUAGUCACAAUGAAAACGGCAAAACGGAACGGUUACCCACGAGAGAGUACGUCGACUUCGACAGAGAAAUAGGAAGGGUCCAUCUGAAAACAAGAUUUAUCCUCAACGGCGUCUGUGUGGUUUGUAAAGCAUGGGUGGAUUUACAGCGACUGGAUGGCAUAGGCUACGUGGAAUUUGAUGAGGACAAGGCUAGGAUGGAGGACGCCGUCUUGAGACAAUCCCUGGCCCAGCAGAACAGGCGGCUGAUGGAGUUCGAAGAGAGGCAAAGAAUACAGCGGGAAGAGCUGGAGAGGCAAGCCGAGGCCGAAGUGGAGAGAAACGAAAGCAAAGCCUGAGGAAUUCCUGAGGGCAGAACGGAGAGCAGAACACGGAUAGGAGGGAGAUAACACACAAAACUAGACCCGUCACACCCCUCAGAGGAAAAACACGAUGCAACGCCCCCAAUUGGCCAACAAGUCCAAGUUUGCGUGCAUGUCACAUCUUAUGCGGGCUACAGUUAUAUUGUGCGACACUUUUAGGGGAUUUUUAGUGUAACGGCGUUGCCGUUAUUAUUGCGUACCAGUGAAUCUUUAGACACGAAAUUUAUCGUCCACGUGCCCACAUAUUGAGUUGGCACUCGAGUCCCGACUUGUAACAAGUUUUUUAAAAUGUCCUUUGCCAAAUUUAUGCUAUUUUAAUUUUUCAAGUUUUUAUCUAGUUUUUUCCCCUUCAUGUUAAAUGAUGUGCAAAAAUGAAAAAUGAAACAGCAAUAAUUGGAAUACAAACCGAAGCUGAGAUGAUUGCCUAUUGUAAAUCGUUUUCGAAGUAGUAUACUCCGCUCGAGAAGGAUCCAUCAGAAGUUAGAAUGAUCCAGUUUUUGGCGACUGAGAUUUUGGCUUUGUCACAUUUCGUUGAGAUGGAGCCAAAGUUAAUUACUUUAUUCGGGGUUACACGGUGGGCGAAACAUCCACAGAAUAAUAAUUAUAUUGAAAUUAGUAGUAUUGUUAAUUGUGACUGUGAAAUACCACUUUUCCAUUUUUGGAUGGGUGAAGCACUCCGAGAUUUGAAAAGGGUAUUCUGUCUGAUCUGUUUUUGGAUCACCAGACAGUCGUAGACGCGAAAGGAAAUCCGUCAAAGCCAUGUGAAUCUGACUGGUCACAAACGGUCGAGUAGUCAUCGGUGCAAGUUUAGACCCGCAGCUUUAAAAAUACCCGAGAAAUAAUCCGCUUUUUUUCACAAGGUGAAUCAGUGGGCGUUGGGCUUUCCUCUUUAGCUGGCUCCAAAGUCCUAAAGACCGACAUCCUGAGGCGUCCUUGUCACGUUGGAAUGCAUCAUGCGUUGCAUGCCGGGUCUGAUGCAGGCAGCAAAAUGUCAUACAUCCUCACUCAAUUUGGGGCGUGACUACGCCCCUUAGGGAAUGAAAACGAAACAAAGAAAUGUAUUUUAAGAUAUAUGUGAAAGGUCCUUAUUCCGCGGACACUGUUAACAUCCUAAAAGCAUCUUAUGGGCAUUAAAAAUUGGCUUUAAGGAUGUGUUAUUCAAACCCAUUGUUCUAUUCGUAAAAGGAUCCCCGCCCUAAUAGACGCAAGACAUGGGCGAUAAUGUUCUGCGCCCUGUAAGUCCCAUUGUGAGUUGUCCAGCACUCUCUUUAAAUUCGCGACGAUUUGGCCUGAAAAAGCGCCGUCGCCGAAAUUCCGAUCGCUUUUCAGUGUUGAAUUGUUUGAAUUGUUGUUUUCACUUCUGGGCAGGAUAUUUGAUAUAUUCUUCAGUGAAAGUUAGAGACUGAAAGAAGGGGAACGUGCGGAAAGUAUUAUAGUGACAAACUUAAAACUGUUCCUAUAGUUGUCAAGUAAGUUUUUUAUCCAUUUGUCGCGAAUAUAUACUUAUUAUGUAUACAUGUAUAUGGUUUUUAUAGGGACUGUAAAUUACCUUUGCAUAGUCUAUGUUGUUUUGCUUUGAAGAAAAUAAGACCAGGCAGGGACUGUGUGUAAUUGUAUUAGUUUAGUUCAAUUGUAAUAAAAGAAGAUUUCAGAUUUUAAUA